AUGAUUCCUCGUGGAAAGAUCAUCAUCAUCAUCAUCAUCAUCAUCAUCAUCAUCAUCAUCAUUGCGAUGCCCGUGAACGGGUGGAGGCUAGCACAACCUCUACCGAAAUCCCAUGCCCAGAAAGUUGCUGGUUAA